AGCAAAAGCUGGCAGAACUGAAGAGAGAAAUAGACAAUUCAACAAUAUUAGUUGGAACUUUCAAUCCUCCAUUUUCAAAAAUGGAUAAAACACCUAGUCAGAAUAUCAACAAGAAAAUAGCAAACGCUAUAAACAACUAGAUCUGACAAAUAUCUAUAGAACUCUCCACCUAACAAUAUACAUUUUUCUCAAGUGCACAUGGAACAUUCCCUGGAAUGAACCAUAUGCCAAACCACACACAAACCUCAGUAAAUUUAAAAUGAUCAAAAUCAUACUACACCUGUUAUCUGACCACAAUGGAAUAAGUUAGAAAUCAUUAACAGAAGUUUGGGAAAAUCAUAAAUAUUUGGAAAAUAAAAAUACAGCCCUAAAAAAAAAUCAAUGGAUCAAAUAAAUAAAUCACUAGGGAAAUUAGAAAGUACUUUGAGAUAAAUGAAAAUGAAAACAUACCAAAAUUUAUGGAAUGCAGUUAAGCUCUGUCUAAAGGGAAAUUUAUAUGUUUGAAUGGCUACAUUAAAAAUCUCAAAUCAAUAGCCAUUAGGUUUUUUUCCACCUUAAGAAACUUUCCACCUUAGAAAAGGAAGUGUAAAUCCCCAAAAAAUAGAAGAAAAAAAGAUUAGACUGGAAAUGAACGAAAUUGAAAAUAGAAAAACAAUAGAGCAAAUCAACAUGACCAAAAGUUGGUGCUUUGAAACUAUCUUCAAAAUAGACAAAACUUUACCUAGACUGACCAAGAAAAAAAAAAUUAGACAACUCAAAUUACUAAAUUUACUACAACACAAAUAAAGAGGAUUAUAGAGGAAUCCUAUGAACAAUUCUAUGCCAACAAAUUAGAUAAUUUAUAUGAAAUGGGCACAUUCCUAGACAGACACAAACUGGUGACGCUGACACAGGCCUCUAGGGAGUAUGUAUACACGCCAAGCUUACCAACGGGUGGAAUUUAAGAGUGUGUGACUUAUUGCCUGUUGAUUUUACCCAAGUACCAAAUGCAGCUGUUCAACACACACGAAGUUGAGGCACCUGAAGGUGCUGCUGAGCCCCCAUUCGGAGAAAGUGCUUCCUAGGACUCAGACUAAAGGAUCUUAAGACUGGGGGGCCCUUGGACGCUGCCAUCCCCCACCUCCAGGACCCAGCCCACGGGAGGAGAGCAGGCAGCGAGGCAGACCACUUCUUGAAAUAGAGUGGAGCCUUCACAACUCAAAUCGGUCAGAGAGCAGUCAGCGAUUUACUCCCUCGAAGCCUCAGCAACAGCAACGAUCCGAAAGCGGUCACGGGGAGUAAGGGAACUUUUGAAGAUGGCUCUCCUCGGGCCCUGGAGCGAAGGAGAACCCGAGGACAAAGCUGAGUUGGGCAGGCGGCAUUCCGGUUCGGUACAGUUUCAGGCCGGCCCGUUCACGCCAGGGUUUCUUUUCCAAGUCGACCCUAUAAAACAACGGACCGAGACCCGGUGGAAGUAGAGGAGCUGCAUUUCCUAGCGGACCGUGGGCGCUGCGCCUCUUUCCGGCGCUGCAGAGGCGUGCUUGCAGCCGGCGUGCGGUGUUGCAUGGAUCCCGGCGGCCGGUGGCGGGGCUUGCCCGGCGGGCCCAGCCUCAAGCACCUGACGGAUCCCGCUUACGGGGUCCCCCGGGAGCAGCAGAAGCCGGCGCUACAGGAGCUGACGCAGGCGCACGUGGAGUCCUUCAACUACGCGGUGCGCGAAGGGCUCAGCCACGCGGUGCAGGCUAUACCUCCCUUUGAAUUUGCUUUCAAAGAUGAGCGGAUCUCUCUCACUAUUGUGGAUGCCGUCAUCAGCCCCCCCACCGUUCCCAAAGGGAGCAUCUGCAAGGAGCUCAGUGUUUAUCCUGCAGAAUGCCGGGGCAGGAGGAGCACCUACCGGGGAAAGUUGACAGCUGAUAUCAGCUGGGCUGUAAACGGAAUCUCAAAAGGAACCAUUAAGCAGUUUCUUGGCUAUGUUCCCAUCAUGGUGAAGUCUAAGCUUUGCAACUUAUACAACCUUCCUCCAAAAGCCCUCAUUGAGCACCAUGAGGAACCAGAGGAAAUGGGAGGCUAUUUCAUAAUCAAUGGCAUUGAAAAGGUCAUCCGAAUGUUGAUUAUGCCUCGGAGAAAUUUCCCUAUUGCAAUGAUAAGACCAAAAUGGAAAGCUAGAGGGCCUGGCUACACUCAGUAUGGAGUGUCAAUGCACUGUGUAAGGGAAGAACACUCUGCUGUCAAUAUGAACCUUCACUACUUGGAAAAUGGCACAGUUAUGUUGAACUUUAUUUACCAGAAAGAACUGUUUUUUCUUCCUUUGGGAUUUGCACUUAAGGCACUUGUCAGCUUUUCCGAUUACCAGAUUUUUCAGGAGCUCAUCAAAGGAAAAGAGGACAACUCUUUCUUUAGGAACUCUGUUACUCAGAUGUUAAGGAUGGUGAUGGAUGAAGGUUGUUCCACACAGAAGCAGGUCCUUACCUAUCUAGGUGAACGCUUCAGAGUAAAGCUCAGUCUCCCUGACUGGUAUUCAAAUGAACAAGCAGCAGAGUUUCUGUUUAACCAGUGUAUCUGUAUCCACUUGAAAUCUAAUACUGAGAAGUUUUAUGUACUUUGUCUCAUGACCCGGAAGCUAUUUGCUUUGGCCAAGGGAGAGUGCAUGGAGGAGAAUCCUGACAGUUUAGUGAAUCAGGAAGUGCUCACACCCGGGCAGCUCUUCCUCAUGUUUCUGAAGGAAAAAAUGGAAGCGUGGUUAGUAUCUGUUAAAAUAGGUAUGGACAAGAAGGCUCAGAAGACCAAUAUGUCUAUAAACAGUGAAAAUUUGAUGAAGAUUUUAAGUCUGGGAAUAGACCUUACAAAACCAUUUGAGUAUCUUCUUGCUACUGGGAAUCUGCGUUCCAAAACAGGUCUUGGCUUCCUGCAAAAUUCUGGACUUUGUGUCGUGGCUGAUAAGCUGAACUUCAUCCGCUAUCUCUCCCAUUUCCGCUGUGUGCACAGAGGGGCUGACUUUGCCAAGAUGAGGACCACCACCGUGCGCAGGCUGCUGCCGGAGUCUUGGGGUUUCCUUUGUCCUGUGCACACUCCUGAUGGGGAGCCCUGCGGCCUGAUGAACCACUUAACUGCCAUAUGCGAGGUGGUCACGCAGUUUGUAUACACGGCAUCUAUUCCAGCUUUGCUCUGCAACCUGGGGGUUACUCCAGUUGAUGGAACGCCUCACCGACCUUACGCUGAGUGCUACCCUGUCUUGCUGGACGGUGUCAUGGUUGGCUGGGUGGAUAAGGAGCUUGCUGCUAGUGUUGCAGCUUCUCUCCGGCAUUUUAAGGUGUUGAGAGAAAAAAGAAUCCCUCCCUGGAUGGAGGUGGCCCUUGUCCCCAUGACAGGAAAACCAAGUCUGUACCCAGGACUGUACCUUUUCACCACUCCUUGUAGGCUGGUGCGGCCUGUGCGAAACUUGGAAUUGGGCAAAGAAGAGCUGAUUGGAACUAUGGAGCAGCUCUUCAUGAAUAUUGCCAUCUUCGAGGAUGAGGUUUUUGCUGGAGUGACCACCCACCAGGAACUCUUCCCUCACAGCCUGCUGAGUGUGAUCGCCAACUUUAUCCCUUUCUCCGAUCACAACCAGAGUCCAAGGAACAUGUACCAGUGCCAGAUGGGUAAACAAACUAUGGGCUUCCCACUUCUCACUUAUCAAGACCGAUCUGAUAAUAAGCUGUAUCGUCUUCAGACCCCACAAAGCCCUUUGGUGAGGCCGUGCAUGUAUGAUCACUAUGACAUGGACAACUAUCCAAUUGGGACCAAUGCCAUCGUUGCUGUUAUUUCUUACACUGGCUACGAUAUGGAAGAUGCCAUGAUUGUGAAUAAGGCUUCUUGGGAACGAGGUUUUGCCCAUGGAAGUGUCUACAAAUCUGAAUUCAUAGAUCUCUCUGAAAAAAUUAAACAAGGAGAUGAUAAUCUGGUGUUUGGAGUCAAACCUGGUGACCCUCGGACUGUGCAGAAGUUAGAUGAGGAUGGAUUGCCAUUUAUUGGAGCACAGCUGCAGUAUGGAGAUCCCUAUUACAGCUAUGUAAACCUCAACACUGGCGAGAGCUCUGUGAUGUUCUACAAGAGUAAAGAAAAUUGCAUUGUGGACAACAUCAAAGUGUGUAGUAAUGACACUGGAAGUGGAAAAUUUAAAUGUGUUUGCAUCACGAUGAGAAUCCCUCGGAACCCAACCAUUGGAGACAAGUUUGCCAGCCGGCAUGGGCAGAAGGGCAUCCUGAGCAGACUGUGGCCAACCGAGGACAUGCCCUUUACCGAAAGUGGGAUGGUCCCAGACAUUCUGUUCAACCCUCACGGGUUCCCGUCCCGAAUGACUAUUGGUAUGUUAAUCGAGAGCAUGGCGGGCAAGUCUGCCGCUCUGCAUGGUCUCUGCCAUGAUGCCACACCCUUCACCUUUUCAGAGGAGAACUCGGCCUUGGAGUACUUCGGUGAGAUGUUGAAGGCUGCUGGCUACAACUUCUAUGGCACUGAGAGGCUGUACAGUGGCAUCAGUGGGGUGGAACUGGAAGCAGAUAUUUUCAUUGGCGUGGUUUAUUACCAGCGGUUACGCCACAUGGUCUCAGACAAAUUCCAGGUCAGAACCACCGGAGCCAGAGACAGAGUCACUAACCAGCCCAUCGGGGGGAGAAACGUCCAGGGUGGGAUCCGUUUUGGGGAAAUGGAGAGGGAUGCUCUGUUAGCUCACGGAACUUCUUUUCUCCUUCACGACCGCCUCUUUAACUGUUCUGACCGGUCGGUAGCCCAUGUGUGCGUGAAGUGUGGCAGUCUGCUCUCUCCGUUGUUGGAGAAGCCGCCCCCUUCGUGGUCAGCCAUGCGCAACAGAAAAUACAACUGUACUGUGUGCAAUCGCAGUGACACUAUCGACACUGUUUCUGUGCCUUACGUUUUUCGGUAUUUUGUAGCUGAACUGGCAGCUAUGAACAUCAAAGUAAAACUGGAUGUCAUUUAAUUGGUGUGGCCUUUUGGGUUAGGUGAUCUGUCAGAUUAAAACAAAAUGUAACUUCAGUAAAGAUGUUACCCUGAAAUUUUUUUCAAGGUUGUUACAGCCCUCAACCAAGACCUGGCAAAUAAGAAUUCAAGGUUCUGAGUCUUUCUGAUAUAAUAGCCAUUGAAAUUGAUUUUCACUGUAUUUGUUCGAGAAAACGUUACAUUGAUGAAUAAAAUAUACAGGGAAGUUCCCAAACCCAGGGUCUUAGUAUGCUGCUCUCAGUAGAUGGUGACUAUCACUGAUUGUCCCUCUAGAACAGGGGUGGGGAACCUUUUUUCUGCCAAGGGCCAUUUGGAUAUGUAUAACAUCAUUUGCAGGCCAUACAAAAUUAUCAACUUAAAAAUUAGCUUGCUGUAUUUGGUAAAAUAAUUAACUCACCCCUAUGCCUUGGGAGGGCCAGACCAAAUGAUUUCGAGGACCUUAUACGGCCUGAGGGCCCAAUGUUCCCCACCCCUUCUCUAGGUCACCAUCCGGUGGUCCAUGAGGUCCAAGAGGUCCGAAAGGUUGGCAACUGCUGCUCUAGAGCAUUGUCCAUCUAGAGUCCCAACAUGAUGCAGGCCAUGGGUGUGGUUUUGUAUUUUCUAAUGUCCACGUUAAAGUGGAAAAAGGUAGAAAUAUUUUUUAACAACUUCAUUGAAAUAUACUAAACCCAGCCCUAACUAGUUUGGCUCAGUGGAUAGAGCGUCGGCCUGCGGACUUAAGGGUCCCAGGUUCGAUUCUGGUCAAAGGCAUGUACCUUGGUUGUGGGCACAUUCCCAGUACGGGGUGUGCAGGAGGCAGCUGAUCGAUGUUUCUCUCUCAUCGAUGUUUCUAACUAUCUCUCUCCCUUCCUCUCUGUAAAAAAAUCAAUAAAAUAUAUUUAAAAAAAAAAUACUAAACCCAGAUUGUAGGUUUUAACCUCAGUUGGGGUGUGUGCAGGAGGCAACUGAUGUUUCUCUCUCUCUCUCUCUCUCUCUCUCUCUCUCUCUCUCUCUCUCUCUUAAAUCAAAAACAUACUUAAAAAAACAAACACUGCACAUCUUUAUUGUAUAUAGUUCACCAUACGGGGUAAUAAACAUCACCUCUGAAAGCUUCCUGUGCCCCUUAGGGUUGUUUUGGUUUUUUAUUUAUUACUAGAGGCCCAGUGCAUGACAUUCGUGCAUUGGUGGGGUCAGGAGAGGAGGCAGUGGUUAUUGGGCCAGGCGUCUGGCCACCUCACGAUUCCCCGCCUCCACUCCUUCCCUUGCCACCGCAGGCGGCCCCUGGGGAAGGGAGAGGAUGGGAGUGAGAUCCUCCUUCCCUCUCCACUGCGCUGGCACUGUGGCAGUUGGGCGGGUGGCCCCCAAGGAAGGUAGAGGACAGGAGUGAGACAAACCCUUGUGUUGAGGGCUGGCUUUCAAUAGACCGGAGCGAGGGAGCUGCUCUGCUAGUACGAAACCCCAAUCAGAAGCAGGUCAUCUGCAAAUGGUUUAGCACCAGGGGUUGAUUGGGGCUGGCCGCAGGGACCAUGGCAGUUGGCUGGACACAGGAUGUUGGCUGUGGGAGCACACGGACCACCAGGGGGCAGACGCUCAACACAGAAGCUGCCUGUAGGCCCCGUGCCAGCCAAGGCAGGUGCCAGCAGGGUCCCAUCGCCCCACUGGUCGCCCUGCAGAGGGGGGGCAACAGGCGGGGGUGGGGCCCACAACCAGGUGUCACUAGGCCGGCCAAGGCAGGUGCCAGUGGGGGGGUCCCCCCGAUCGCCCUGCCAGUCGCCCCUCGGAUCGGCCCUGAUCGCCAGCCAGGCCUAGGGAUCCUACCCAUGCACGAAUUUCGUGCAUCAGGCCUCUAGUAUUAUACAAAUAAAAGCAUAGUUUGUGACCUUCUGAGAUUGGCUUUUUCCACUCAGUUGCCUUGAGAUGCAUUGAAGCUGUUGCAUAUAUCAGUUGUUCAUUCCUUUUUGCUGCUGUACGGCUAUGCCAGUGUGUUCAACCAGUUACCUGUAGGAGCACAUUUUGGUUGUUGCCAGUUUAUGGUGUUUACAAAUAAAGCUGCUCUGAAAACUCA